AUGGCGGCGCCGCUCGCCCCCAUCACUGCCGCGGCGGUGCUCCGCCUCGGGAGCCGAGGCCUCCGCCACCGCCACCACAUCCUCCUCGCCUCGCUCCGCCCCUGCUCCUCCGCUCCCCCGCCCCAUCGUUCCGCCGUCCCGGCCGCUGCACGCCGGCUCCCAACGCUCCCGCCGCCUCCUCGCCGCCUCGCCCGCACUCUUGCCGCCUCUGCGGCCACGGCCGUCUCCGAGGGCCAGACGGAUUUAGUGUCUGGCUCAACAACUUCAAGCAAGGGACGCAUCUACCACGAGACAUAUGGUUGCCAAAUGAAUAUAAAUGGCAUGGAGAUUGUGCUUUCUAUCAUGAAAAAUGAAGGUUAUGAUGAAAUUGUCCCUGACCCCGAGAGCGCAGAGAUAAUAUUUAUCAACACCUGUGCCAUCCGCGACAAUGCAGAGCAGAAAGUUUGGCAACGUCUCAACUACUUUUGGUUUUUGAAAAGGGAAUGGAAAACUAAUGUUGCUGAAGGUAGAUCAAAAUCUCUGCGGCCUCCCAAGAUUGCUGUCCUGGGGUGCAUGGCAGAGCGACUGAAGGAGAAAAUACUUGAUUCUGAUAAGAUGGUUGAUGUUGUUUGUGGACCUGAUGCAUAUAGGGAUUUGCCUAGGUUGCUCCAGGAAGUCGAUUACGGCCAUAAGGGUAUGAACACACUUCUAUCACUUGAGGAAACUUAUGCUGAUAUCACCCCAGGAAAGGUCUCGCCCAGUGUCUUCUAUUGUCGCGAGGUUGGUGAGCUGUGGAAAGCUGGUGUGAAGGAGGUAAUGCUUCUUGGUCAGAAUGUUAACAGUUACAAUGACACUUCUGAAGUAGAAGAGUUGGAGCCUGGCCAAAACUGGCAACUCAGUGAAGGAUUUUCCAGCAUGUGCAAGGUGAAGAAUAUGGGAUUGUGUUUUGCUUAUCUCCUGGAUCGAUUAUCUUUGGAAUACCCUGAAAUGCGGUUCAGGUUUACUUCACCACACCCAAAGGAUUUCCCAGAUGAGCUACUGUAUUUGAUGCGGGAUAGGUAUAACAUCUGCAAUCUUAUUCACUUACCAGCACAAACAGGCAGUACAGCAGUGCUGGAGCGAAUGCGGAGGGGUUACACUCGAGAAGCAUACUUAGAACUUGUGCACAAAAUUCGUAAUGUCAUUCCUGAUGUUGGGCUAAGCAGUGAUUUCAUAACCGGCUUUUGUGGAGAGACAGACGAUGACCAUGCUGAAACCCUCAGCCUUGUAAGGGCUGUUGGAUAUGAUAUGGCUUACAUGUUUGCAUAUAGCAUGAGAGAAAAGGCUCAUGCUCACCGGAAUUAUGAGGAUGAUGUCCCCGAAGAUGUCAAGCAGAGGAGACUCACAGAACUAAUCAACACCUUCCGUGAGACCACAAAGAAGAACUACGAUUCUCAAAUUGGUACAGUGCAGCUUGUUCUUGUCGAGGGACCCAAUAAGCGUGCUCCCAAAACGGAGCUGACAGGGAAGACUGAUAGGGGGCAUAAGGUGUCAUUUGCCAUUGUCCCUGUACCACACGCUCGAAGGUGA